CUGAGAAAAUGCCUAUAGGCUGUUUGAGUAUUAUUUUUUUGUCUCGGGCCGUCAGUCUUCAGGUUCUGAUGUUCUGGACUGACAGGACACAUCUGGCACAAGACCAGCUGCUGAAGUAGAGCACAAUUAGAUGGGUUUUGAGGAUGGGAGUGUCACUACAUGGCAGUUGGCACUUUAUGUCCUGUCACAGUGCCCAGUGGCAGCCCUGAUCCAACUGAUUGAUUAGUUGAAUGGGUGUAUUAGAGCAGGAAAGGCAACAAAAUAUGUAAGACAGGGGGACUCCAUGGAAAGGGCUGGUAAUCACUGGAUUAGCCAGCCUCUCGUAUAUAUUUGAAAAUUGCCUUCAGCACUGGACAGUUACAUGGAGAUCACUAUGAAGGUAUGGUGUGCAGUUACGGGGGUUUGGUACAACUUUACUUAAUGGCAGUGUUCAUAGGGCUCCAUGACACCAUGUCAUGGCAACUAACAAACUUAAACAUUUGUUUAGGCUUAUUCAAAUAUACAUCAACUGUCAAAGUCUGUUUUGCCGAUUUCUGAUAUCAAACUGAUAUAACAUCCAAGUUGGGUGAUCGAUGUUUGGACAUAAGUUUGCUUUAGGACACUUUCAGACUGGUAUACAUUUUAACAUCAUGAUGACUGAGUUUUGUGUCUCAUCUCACAGAUCCAGGGACCCUGGAUCAAUACUGAGCUCAGGCUACAUUGCGUGUGUGCGUGUGUGUGUGUGUGUGCGUGUGAGUGUGUGCGUGUGAGUGUGUGCGUGUGUGUGUGUGUGUGUGUGUGUGUGUGCGUGCGUGUGCGUGCGUGCGUGGUGCCCUGGGACGGACUGCCACCCCAUUCAGGGUGUGUGUUCCUGGGAUAGCUUCUGGAUCCACUGUGGCCCAGACCAGGAUAAGGCAGUUACUGAAGAUGAAUGAAAGGUAAUGCUGUGAGGUUAACUACAAAAUUGUACAAAGCACAAACAUCAUAGAAUGUGUCAUAACCUUGUUUCAGUUCUUAUGACUGAUUUACAUAUGCAAGUGUUUUAAAUGAGAAGGGUGUAUCAUGGUUCCUUUUAGGGUGCUUUCACACUUGGUCCUUUUCAGGGGUCUGAGCAGGGUGCGCUGGUUUUUUGGCCCAUGUGUGAACACGGCGAAUGAUCUCAGACCCUUUUAAAGUGAACCGAACUGAGACCAUUUUGGGAGGUGGUCUGAGUAGACCUACGGUUCACUAAAAACAUGCAUUGCGAACACCAAUCAAUCACUUGAUUUUUCCAUUUGCAAAUGUUCUUACAGGCCUUGGUAUAAAACUGCGCUAUUCAACAUGGCCCAUGAGAUACGAGUACUUAGCUUUCUAAAUAGCGUCUACUCUAUACCCUUUAAGAAAGAGAUAAAAGAGAUAAAUUCACUUCUAGAGCUCUGCAUAGGAGGUCCAUCUGAGGGACAACUCAAGAACCCUUAAGCAUGUUAGAUUUCACUACUUUCUAAGAGGGUAGCUUUAGGAACUGCUUUUCAGGAAAGUCUUACCGUGAUUUCUUUAGCUUGCUGUAUUUGAAUACAAGCUCAAAACAGGGAUCCCAGACAGAUGGAAGUCCUUCAUUAAGCAUUCAUUGAGGCGCUGAAUUGAUUAUUUAUAACUGCCUAAGCGGAGUGAGUGCUCCGUUUGACCCGUGAUGACAUGGAGACGUUGGGAUGAUGAAGAUGACGUCAGUGCCAGAGUUCUGAGGUGUGCGUAUGUGUGUGUGUGUGUGUGUGUGAGAGAGAGAGAGAGAGAGAGAACGGGGACUCGGACUGCACUGCGCCCGCACAGGGUUUAUCAGCUCCGGAUUGCUUUAACAUUGUGGGAAGCUGCACUCUUGAUUUUUACUUGGAAACGUUUUAUAGCCUAGAAGACGAUCAGAAUAUAGUUCGUUUCUUCAGUGUGAUAUUUACUGAUUAACACUGAACAGAGGCGUCUAUCAGUACAAGGACAGUCACUUUUAUCCCGUCUCCAGAGCUGUCCGGCGAGCUCGGAUUGUCGGUGGAACUGGCACUACAGCCAUUACCGGGUAUUUUUUGGUGGUGCGCACGACGAAACCGACGCAUAACGGACAUCUUUACGGUGUGGGAUAAAUCCCUGCAGUCCAGCGGUGAUGAGUUUCAGGAGCACGGAGAGUUGGCGCUGCGUUAACGGCACUUGCGCGGAGAAAGUUGAGCCCUUCCCGCCGCCGCUCUCUUCCACCUUCGCGCUCAUCCUCCUCGGCGUCGCGAUCGUCGGCAUCGUGGCGUUGUCUCUCACCACGCACCACUGCCACAAAGGCAAAAUGAAGAGGCGGAAGAUCCAGCGAGCUCAGGAGGAAUAUGAGAGGGAUCAGCUCAGCCCUGUCCCGGCUGCAAGAAAAGCAGAUCGCUGCGUGAUCGCGCGUCCUGCCGCCGGAUACACUGAACCUCCGCCUGGCCGUCAUGAUCCCGCCGCUUUAUCCGCGCACACCGGAGCCGUGGAGGCCGGAGUCCUCGAGGCUGUAGCUGUAUCACGAUAACAAGCGAAUCUAAAACUAUAUGGGACUUGUAUAUGUCCUGGAUGCAUUGUGAAACACCCAUGCCGCUCCGUAUUACUCAUAACAUACGUGGGACAUGUCUGCAUUUUCCGUUUUCUUCUCCUCUAUAGGAAAAGGAGUUUAAAAACAAAAAAAACAAAACAAAAAAAAAGACACAACACUCAUUUAGGCUAUGUGAAUAUGUUUCCCCUGCUUUCAAUAUAUUCAGUAGCCAUCUAUAUAUCUAUACUGCACUGUGUGUGGACAUUAAUGCUGUAAAGAAGUUGAACAUCAGGCCAGCUGUGGACCGAAAUGAAGCUCAUCAGCCUUGAGCUGCAGUUUUCCCGAUCGCUGCUGUCCAAGGUGCUGAUCAUAUGAUACUCCAUUGAUUUGCCUCCGGCGUUUCUGAUGGACAAAUGAAGUUUUUUAUGUAAUACGAAUUGAAACAAACUCCUUUUGAAUCCACUGAAGGGCUGUACUGUAUGAAAAAAAAAAACUGUACUGUUUUUUGCCUGAACUUGCAUAAAGAGUGAGAAACUGGAGAGAGCUCCUGACAAGUGAUGGUUAAAAUCAUGUGAAUUGUUCUGACUCAUUUAUAUGUUUCCUUGGUCAUUAAUUAGUCAUAUGUCAUUUUAGAAGUCAGCUUACGCAGAGUAUCAAACAGCAAUUAUACCAAACUUAUAUAAUAAGAAAUCAUUUGUACAUGACAUGUUUACUAAAGUAUAACCUGCCUUGGCAGCACACUUGACCGGUUAAAAGAAAUGAAAGGAUAAUAGAGUGUAGUGUUGAAAGAAAUAACAUAAAGUUUUACUGUUGUUUUUCUGUUUUUUUUGUUUGUUUGUUUUUUUGUUUUGAAUAUUUUAUAGUGUAGUAAUGGAAGCUAGCUAUUGUAGUUGCAAAUUAUUCAUGGUAAAUAAAGGUUAUUAAACUAUGCACUUGGUAAAUUAUUCAUUAUGGAUUUCUGCCAUGGAAAUCCCACAUAGUCAAAAAGAAAAAUGUGUGCUGAAAUUUGCCUGACACAUACACAUAUCCAUCCAUCCACCCAUCCAUCCAUCCAUCCAUCCAUCCAUCCAUUCAUUUUCUGUACCUCUUAUCCUACACAAGUUCCUGGGGGAUCCUGGAGCCUAUCCCAGGGGACUCGGGGCAGAAGGCAAGGGACAGCCUGGAUGGGAUACCAACUCAUUACAGGGCCGUAUACAUAUCUAAAAGGGUCAAUCUAGAACCCUUAAGGGUUCAUCGGUUGUACAUCUGGGAGAACCCAUAAGGUUCUAUAGGACUAUAGAACUCUACAACUGAGUUAGAGAAAGUUCCAAAUAGAACCUUUAAUUGUAUAGUUCACUAAUAAUCUGUUUGAUCUCGGCUUGAAAUGUCACUAUUGUUUUUUAUCCGGGUUAACUUUCAGGAUUAAAAUAAUUUAUACUGUUAUGGGCAUCAGUGUUUUUAAUUUAAUACAGUGAGCAAAACAAACCUGGAUCGUAAUUCCCUGAUAAUCAGAUCUCAAAAGAUGCUCCAAAUCCAUAAUGGCUACUAUAACUGUCUUAACUGUCUACCUAAAUAUACUAUAAUACAAAUGUGCUGUGUGCAUUUUUCAGUGUAGCAGACUGUGAAUAUGAAUGUAGUAGAUUAUGAAUGAAUUCAGUCACCUGAAGGAAUUGAAUAAUUUAAAAAUUUGCAUAGAAAUGAUAGAUAUUUUACUCCUUUGAUAUUUGAAGAUGGUGUCUGCUAGUUUAUAAUGUGUGAAGCCGGUACAGGCAACACUCAGCCCUCUGCAGCCUCCAAGAAAAGCUUGUUAAUGAUCACACAAAUCAGUACCCUUGGGACUCAUUUUUUAGCAUGAGUCAAGAAGCUAACAAAAUCACCUGCUACUCAAAAUUUUGGAGGAUUUUAGAGGAUGAGACUUGAUUAUACAUACUGUUCCAGUGCAGGGCCUGGAAAUACCCAAAAACCUUGCCAGCCCUUACAGUUACAUAACAGGUAAAAGCAGGGUAAAUAAGGCUUCAUGGUCCAAUAUUGCCAGCAGAUCUUUUUUCUGUUACAACAUGCCACAUAUCA